UUUACAAGCUCCUCAUUGGAUCGUUAUUUUUGAGGGAGCGCGAAGAAACAACGCGGUGACGCUAGCGUCGCGAUCGAGAAACCUCUCGACGAUGCAGCUCUGCAACAUCGACCGCUGUUAACCACCAUUUUCCUCGGUGGAUUCUGCUCUUAUCGACCACUGGCAAAUUCGGACACUGGAGAACUUCAGAAUCGCGACAGUAGAUCAGACUUAUCGUGGUCAGACACGAUUCGAUUUCCUUGAAUUCAUUUGCCAUUACAUUGGCGUAAUUGAGAAUGGAAAUUAUAUAUUUUCAAAUCCCCAAUUUACAAAUCUCAAAUGUUAAAACGCCAUUUCAGUUUGAUACGAAACGUUGACACAAUUAGUAAGGCUAGAUAGCUUGACCCACCUCUGACAAAUAUUUUAGAUACACAAUGUGUACUGCGAUAAAAAUACAUGGAAUUAUCGUGUCAUCGAUUAAUGGGACACAUUUAAGUUUCCUGUCCAUAGUUUUCUCUAUCGUUUGAUACCUAUUUGUGCAGGAGUGUUGCUAGAUAAAUUAGAACCCUACCAUAAGCGAGCUGCAAUAUUUAUUGUUAACUUUGUACAUAAAUAAUACUUCUCGUAGACACGCGAUAAAAUGAAUUACAGAGACUAAAAAUUAAUUCUUUCCUAUUUUAUAUCAUCACUUUGACGACAAAUAUGUUAAUAAAAUUAAAUUGAAAGUAUUAUAUUUUGUAUCGAAAAGAUACAAAAGUUCCCAGCGUUAAACUCUUGUAUGCUUUUCACCGUGACAAACGCCAUAAACAAAUUGAAUUCCCACUAUUUCAGUGUUAUCUUCUUUCCAGUGUGAAACUAAUGCUACACUUUUGUCGCACUGUUUCAACUUAUGGUCUGAUAUAUUUUAAGUGUUUAACUCAUGGCGAUAAAGUAGUUUAAAUAAUUCUAAGUAGGAAACUUCUAAACAUGUGACUUCUCAUUAAUCCGCGGAUAAAACAUACAAAUUCCUUAAUGCACGAUUCGAGGUAAUAUCAGUCUGCCUAAAAAAAUUGCAAGUCAAUCGAUAUUUUUCACCGUUUCCGGUGAAUUCGGAUUUUGGCUGUCGAAAACAUUUCACAGCGAAAACGCGUCACGACUUUAUUUCGUACGAUAAUGUAAUCGUGAAAAUAUUCGAGAAAUUCGUGCGAUAAUUUUUUAUCGAUAUUGUUCUCUUCGAUAAAAGAUUCCGACUACUUUACACGGUAGAUUAAUUUAAUUUCCGGUUAUAAAACUUAAUUUGUACAACUUUACGCAUUUAAUUAAAAGACAAAUCUGAAGAUUAAUUGUAUUCUUAAUAAUAAUUACAGUAUGUCUGACUAUGUACGUGCACUUUCACUGUGACAGUCAACGCGUUGAACGAGGUUCAAUUUACUUCUUGUAUGGAUUUGUUUUCGAUGUGAUUUUAAUAGAAUCAAAACGAAUAAAUUGAGCUCAAGUUUAUUUACCGAUUACUCAACUGGGAGGCAAAUUCAAAGUUAGAUGUACCGAAAGUGAUUAUUAAUAGCAAGAAAUAUCUAUUAAACGUUAAAUGAUUACAUCAAUGAUACAUAUCAGAUGCAUGACUCGUCGGUUCAAAGUACUAUACGUCGAAAAUUAAUCGAAGAUACGAGUAUAUUAGCUAAACGCGAUAAAUCGAUCCGUCGAUCGGUGAUAAGAUCUUUCAUUUAUAAGAGCUGUUUUGAGUACCCCAAACUGCCAGUUGAUUUUAAACAAUUGAUGAUAGAGAAUCGAAUUUCGGCUAUCAUGAGACAAUCGUUGGCUGUUAUCGCCGUCCUGGCGGCGACGGCGUACGCGUACUCGGAAUGUCCUCCGACCGGGAUCCACAACAUUCCCCACGAAAAGGAUUGCGGCUUGUACUACGAGUGCAAGGAUGGCUCAAAGACGGAAAAGGAGUGUCUUGGCGGUUUAUCCUUCGACCCAGUGAACGGCAUAUGUGGUUGGCCACCGAGGAGCGAAUGUGUCACUUAUGUGGACCCAACUGACGAGCAGUGUCCACCAGCAGGCUCCGAUCAAGCCAAGCGUAUUCCGCACGAAUGUUCUUGCCACAAGUACUACGAGUGUAUCAACGGGAAGAAAUUUCUUCAACAUUGUAGAAACGGCACCGAGUUCGAUUACAUAAGGGAAGUUUGCGAUAUUGCGGCGAGAGCGGAGUGCUAUUGCGACGAGAACGAAGUACUGAUGGUGCAAGACAAUGUAUGCCCAGCAGAGGGUAUCACUCGGGUGCCUCACGAAUACGAUUGCAAUCUUUAUUACAACUGUCAGAACGGUUUGAAAUAUCUUGGAAAAUGUUUGGACGGACAUUAUUACAACGACGUGAUAAAAGCUUGCGAUCUGCCCGAAAAUGUGAACUGCAAUGGUAAGACGCCUUUCACUACGACUCCCCGAAUAAGCGAAGUCGACGAAUGCCCGGCAUGCAACUGUGACAAUUGUUACACUCGAUACCCGCACAGCAUUUGCUCGAAGUACUACGAGUGCAACAACGGCAACAAGACCGUGAAGGACUGUCCGGAGGGUCUUCACUUCAAUCCCGUGACGCAGAUGUGCGACUGGCCGGAUAACGUGAACUGCACGGUACCACCGCCACCGUGCACGGCAGGAAACAGAACGCAUCACGAGUGCAGAUGCGAGAAAUAUUACGAAUGCCAGGAUGAGGGAUGGGUGGUUGAAACCUGUCCGAAAGGAACGGAGUUCGAUUUCGAACUCGGCAAGUGUGUACCCGAAAAUGAGGCCAAUUGUUGGCCAGGAGUCAAACCACCACCAGGAUGCAUGGAGACGUGUUUGCGGAACGAAAGCAAGAUCGUGGUUCACGAGAAUUGCACGCAAUACUGUGAAUGCGAUCACGGUAAGAUGACUCUUGUCAACUGUAGUGAAAACAUGUAUUUCAAUCCGGACAAGAAGAAGUGCGACUGGCCGGAAAAUAUCAGAAAUUUGACCUGCACACCAUUCCCUUGCACGAACACCACGAUUCCACACGAGUGCACCUGCGAACUUUACUACCAGUGCAAGAACGGAGUCGCAGUGCGUCAAGAGUGCCCGCGUAACACGGAGUACAACUACGAGGCGCAUACAUGUAUGCCCAACGAGGAUGCCCAUUGCUACAAGGAAGUAUACGAAGACACCGUUAUAGAGUCGGAAAGUUGUAUAAGCACCUGCCCGAAAUCCUCCGACCACACCGACAGGAGCUACGUUCUGGCCCACAGGAAUUGCACGAAAUUCUGCAGGUGCGGAUCUGGGGCACCCUACGUCGUUCAGUGUAGAUCGGGCUUCCACUUCAGCUCGGAAAAAGGCAUUUGCAUUGAACCAGCUGCUGCUAAAUGUAGUAAAUUGUACAUGUACGGUGUCGAGCAGCGUGAUUCGGAUACGUAUUCAUCUUGGUAUAAUAUCCUGCCUUUCUAUAAAGACUAUUAGUCGCGUAGCUUCAGUAAAAAUUUAGUUUAUAAUUUACUGUUAUUUAACCAAGUUAACUUACUGUAAGACAAUCAACUGAAACAUUGUUGUAAUAAUAAAUAAAGAUGUAUUGUGUU